AUGCCGCUUUUGGGACUUCCACUGGAACUACUUCUGUGGAUUGGCAAGUCCAUCGACAAGAAAGACCUUCGAAGUCUGUGUCUCACAUCCCGGAAAUCCUACGUCGUCUUCAGUAAGAGCCUCAUUGAUUGCAUAGACUUUCAAGACACCCCGCCAAUUCAUUGGGCAAUCGAACAUAGAAGCUUAGGCAUCGUCCAACACUUUCUGGGUUGGGAAAAGGCAGAUGUCAACCGAAAGUUUUCUGGCCUUACACCACUCAUGUUGGCUACAAAGUUGCGGUACUCAGAAGCUGUUGAUUUGCUCUUAAGCCAUCAUUCAGUGAAUGUCAUACAGCGUAAUACUUUGGGAGAAAGUGCCUUCUCGAUCGCUGUUCUGCAAGGAAGCGUCAGUAUUAUCGAACGGCUCCUCAAUGUACCGAACAUUGAUCUCAAUAACCAAUCACUGGACGGGAUUGCGCCCAUUUCAAUUGCGCUGAGCUGUCGCCAAACUUAUGUCUUCCAACUUCUUUUGUCUGAUGAGCGAACAAAUGUCAACAUCUGCGACCAUCAUGGCCAAACACCACUGCACCUAGCGACAGAAAUUGGCGACUAUGGAGCAAUCCAAAUGCUUGUACGAAAUCCUCGAGUUGACGUCAACUGUUUCAACCGUCGACAGGAAACUCCGUUGCUUCUGGCUGUCAAAGGACACGGCCGUUUCCUCCCCAUCAACAAACGGCUGCUUAUCAUUGAAGCCUUGCUUUUGAGUCCAUGCCUCAACCUUAAUCAUCAAGAUGAGAAUGGACGCACCGCAAUAUGGUAUGCGGUGAGCAAUUCCGACGUCAAAUUGGUCGAGCUCCUCUUGCAGCAAACAAAUCUGGACCUCAAUUGCGCCGACAAGCUGGGCCAUACACCUUUGGCAAAGGCUGCUGCGAAUGGCUCCUUAGACUUGAUCAAAGUCCUCUUCCGACAGCCGGGGCCUCAUAAAAGCCCUCAAUUUACCGAUGCAUUUCCGCCGCUCUGGUCAGCAUGUCGCGCAGGACAAUUUGCAACGGUGGAAUUUCUCUUGCAGAAUUCAGUCGAUAUCAACCAAAUAAGCCCAUCGGGGACGUCGCCACUUCAGGUCGCAAUAAUUAUGGAGCAUGUCGACAUUGUCCAUCUCCUAGUCAGCUACGAAGGAUCUUUGUUGAUCAAUGACCAAAACCAUUGCUCCUCCUUUACUGCGCUAAUGUUUGCGUCGGCUCUAGGCAGGUUUGAAAUUGUCAAAAUAUUAUUGGAGCGUCCCAACAUAAAUGUGAAUGCGGUGGACGACCAGGGGAGAACAUCUUUCUGGUGGGCUGCGGCUGGUGGGCAUUAUGAGGUUGUGCAGUUGUUGGCCAAUCGGCGUGGUGUGAAAAAGCGACUGAAAGAUUCGAAUGGCCAAACGGCGUAUGCCAUCGCCAAGGAACGCCACCAUGGGCAUGUCACAUUUUAUCUGCGAAACUUUUAG